AGGAGCCUCCAGUCUGGGGCCUGGGUGAGGGGCCAGAGGUUGGUUUAAGGAGAGGAGUUUCUCAGAGGCGGCCCGCACUGGCCCUCCGUCGCCGCGGACGCCCCUCACAUGGCCACAGGUGUGGCCGGCUUAGAGAGGUGCAAAAAAAUUGUACACCAAGAAGCCAUGGAGAAGAGAAGUGUGGAUGAAACAGAAAAUGGAGAUGCUUUCCUUGACCUGAAGAAGCUGCCCACCUCCAAAUCCCCCCACCGCUAUACGAAAGAGGAGCUCUUGGAUAUAAAAGAACGCCCAUACUCCAAACAGAGGCCAUCAUGCCUCUCUGAAAAAUAUGACAGUGAUGGUGUCUGGGACCCUGAGAAGUGGCAUGCCUCUCUUUACCCAGCGUCAGGGCGCAGCUCACCAGUGGAAAGUCUGAAGAAAGAGCCGGAAUCAGAUCGGCCUUCUCUGGUGCGCAGAAUAGCAGAUCCACGAGAGCGAGUGAAAGAAGAUGACUUAGAUGUUGUUCUCAGCCCACAGAGACGAAGUUUUGGCGGUGGCUGCCAUGUAACAGCUGCUGUUAGCUCCCGGCGCUCUGGCAGUCCAUUGGAGAAAGACAGUGAUGGGCUUCGCCUGCUUGGUGGACGAAGAAUUGGCAGUGGAAGAAUAAUUUCUGCCCGGGCCUUUGAGAAGGAUCACCGUCUUAGCGAUAAGGACCUACGAGACUUGAGAGACCGAGACAGGGAGAGGGACUACAAGGACAAGCGUUUCAGGAGGGAGUUUGGAGAUAGUAAACGUGUCUUUGGUGAGCGUAGAAGAAACGAUUCAUACACUGAGGAAGAACCAGAAUGGUUUUCAGCUGGACCCACCAGUCAGUCUGAAACCAUAGAGCUGACUGGCUUUGAUGAUAAGAUUCUAGAGGAGGAUCACAAAGGGAGAAAACGAACAAGGCGACGGACUGCCUCUGUGAGGGAAGGCAUAGUGGAGUGCAAUGGAGGGGUGGCUGAAGAGGACGAGGUGGAAGUCAUUCUGGCCCAGGAGCCCUCUGCUGAUCAGGAAGUUCCAAGGGAUGUCAUCCUACCUGAGCAGUCCCCAGGAGAAUUUGACUUUAAUGAAUUCUUUAACCUUGAUAAGGUGCCAUGCUUGGCUUCGAUGAUAGAAGAUGUUCUGGGAGAAGGAUCAGUCUCUGCCAGCCGCUUCAGUAGGUGGUUCUCUAACCCAAGCCGGUCAGGGAGCAGAUCCAGCAGCCUCGGAUCCACACCCCAUGAAGAACUUGAGAGACUGGCAGGUUUGGAGCAAGCCGUCCUCUCUCCUGGACAGAACUCGGGGAAUUAUUUUGCUCCUAUACCAUCAGAAGACCAUGCUGAAAAUAAAGUGGACAUUUUAGAAAUGCUACAGAAAGCCAAAGUGGAUUUAAAACCCCUUCUUUCUAGCCUUUCUGCAAAUAAAGAAAAACUUAAAGAAAGCUCACAUUCAGGGGUUGUACUUUCAGUGGAAGAGGUAGAAGCCGGGCUGAAGGGCUUGAAGGUGGACCAGCAAAUAAAGAAUUCAACUCCCUUCAUGGCAGAACAUUUAGAGGAGACCCUGAGUGCUGUGACUAGCAAUCGGCAGCUCAAGAAAGAUGGAGAUAUGACUGCAUUCAACAAACUAGUGAACACCAUGAAGGCAAGUGGGACUUUGCCUACCCAGCCCAAAGUCAGUCGAAAUCUUGAAAGUCACUUGUUGGCUCCUGCUGAGAUUCCAGGCCAGCCUGUCCCUAAAAACAUCCUACAGGAACUUCUGGGUCAACCGGUUCAGAGACCUGCUUCUUCCAAUCUUCUCAGUGGCCUUAUGGGGAGCUUGGAGCCUACUGCAUCUUUAUUGAGCCAAAGAGCACCCUCUCCUCCAAUGUCACAGGUGUUUCGAACUCAAGCCGCCUCAGCAGACUACCUUCAUCCAAGGAUACCAUCACCCAUUGGUUUCCCAUCAGGACCCCAGCAACUACUUGGAGAUCCAUUCCAAGGCAUGCGCAAGCCCAUGAGUCCUGUCACAGCCCAGAUGAGCCAGCUAGAACUGCAGCAAGCUGCUUUAGAAGGGCUGACCCUGCCACAUGACCUUGCAGUACAGACCACACCCUUCUACCAGCCUGGUUUUAGCAAACCUCAAGUGGACAGAACCAGAGAUGGGCUCAGAAACAGGCAACAGCGAAUGACAAAGUCACCAGCACCCAUGCACCGAGGAAAUUCCUCUUCCCCAGCUCCCGCGGCCUCCAUCACGAGCAUGCUUUCUCCUUCCUUCACCCCUACCUCAGUGAUCCGCAAGAUGUAUGAAAGCAGAGAGAAAAGCAAGGAGGAAAUAGCACCCGGAACAGUGGUUCCUGGUGAUGGUAAAGAGGAUGCUCAGAAGGCCAGCGAAGAAAACCUGCUGUCAUCCAAUUCCAUAUCCAAUUCUGAUCAAGACUCUUCUCCUACGGCAAAUCCUAAACUUUCAACAUUACAGCGGUCUUCAUGCUCCACCCCACUGUCCCAGACCAACCGUUAUACCAAAGAACAAGAUUAUCGCCCUAAAGCAGCUGGGAGGAAAACACCUACCUUGGCAUCCCCAGUCCCAGGAACACCUUUUCUCCGCCCUACCCACCAAGUUCCCCUCGUCCCUCAUGUUCCUAUUGUUCGACCUGCACAUCAGCUUCACCCAGGAUUAGUCCAGAGGUUGAUAGCCCAAGGGGUGCAUCCACAGCAUCUUCCAGGUUUGCUCCAAGCUGGUGUGCUUCCUCCUGGGAUAGACAUAGCUCCUUUACAGGGACUAUCUGGCCCACUCCUAGGUCAACCCUUGUACCCUUUGGUCUCUGCUGCUAGUCACCCUCUCCUAAACCCUCGUCCUGGGACCCCUCUGCAUUUGGCAGUGAUGCAGCAGCAGCUACAGCGCUCAGUUCUGCAUCCUCCAGGCUCUAGUUCCCAGGCAGCAGCUAUCAACGUUCAGACUCCUCCGAAUGUACCCAGCCGGUCAGGCCUGCCCCAUAUGCACUCCCAGCUGGAGCAUCGCACCAGCCAAAGGAGCAGCUCCCCCGUGGGUCUUGCCAAGUGGUUUGGCUCAGAUGUGCUACAGCAGCCUCUGCCCUCCAUGCCCACCAAAGUCAUCAGUGUAGAUGAACUGGAAUAUAGACAGUGAACAGGGCAGGCUGGCCCACCCAUACUUGGACCUGCGGUGGCAUCCUGGCCAUGACUUUCAUUCCCCAUCUUUGUAAUGGGCUUUUUACAUUGGAGCACGCUGUGUGAGAAUGUUAAGGGGAUCCACAUACCUACCAUGAUCUACAUUAUGACAAAAGGCUGUUAAAUAAUCAAAUGGAGCCUACAUGGUUCAAAUACAAGGGACACAAGAUUGUCAGUCCUGGAAGUCUUUCUUUUAUAAAAUAUGUGAAUGAAGUGUUGGUGUCUUCUAGAGGUGACACCUAAGGGUUCUGAGAAAAUAAAAUGUAUAGACCCUUAUGUACAGAACUGUGUAUAAACUUUUGUACAUACAAAUAGGAUAGCUUUUUUGAACUUAUACAUACAGCUGUACAUAAAGUAACUAUCAGUUAGGCCUGUGUCAACUGUUUGGAUUUUUUUCACUUGUAUAUUUGGGACUUUUUCUUUGGUUUAUUAAAAGUUGCAUAUGCCACGCGUGUGAACCAUAAAACUGGUACUGUGAUUAUUUCCUCAAUGAACUAAAAGACAGUUUACGGGGUUGGGGAAUUUAGCUCAGUGGUAGAGCGCUUGCCUAGAAAACGCAAGGCCCUGGGUUCGGUACCCAGCUCCAAAAAAAAAGAACCCAAAAAAAAAAAAAAAUUCUAGAAUUUCUCCUGCACAUAAAGUUCUGAUAGCAUCAGUUUAAGCUGGACUAACCCUGAGAGUAGCUUGUGGCAAAUAACAAGGAAUCAAUAUUAUAAUCUUUACAAAACCAAACUGACCUUUAGGGAAGUCAUAUAUGGUAAUUUCUCUGAAACUUACUGGUUAAUCCAGCCUAUAUUAAUUCUUUAUCUUGCCUCUGCUGUAUUAGUUCCUCUCAAAAUUUUUACUUAUGGGCUGAAGAGAUGACUUACUGGUUAAGAGCACUGACUGCUCUUCCAGAGGUCCUGAGUUCAAAUCCCAGCAACCACAUUGUGGCUCAUAAUCAUCUGUAAUGGGGUCUGAUACCCUUUUCUGGUGUGUCUGAAGACAGCUACAGUGGACUCAUAAAAAUAAAUCUUUAAAAAAAUUUUUUUUUACUUAGAACUCGAGGUCCAGUACUAUGUAAAUUGUAUGUAAAAGCAUUCUGAAAGAUAGUACACUGAUUGCAGGUUUUCCAGUCCUUUUGUUAUAUUUACUCUCAGGUUCAUAUUAAUUAGCCCAAUCAUUGGAUUAAUUGUGGAUUUGGGGCCAUAAAUGCUAUUUUAAUUCCAAUGUAGAGAUUAAAAUAGCCCAUUCUCCAUUCUGUUGGGCUUUCUCUGUAGGGCUCCCAAGUCUUGACAAUACUGAUUAUAAUCCUUCAGCUGCCCAGUCUGCUUGCUCUGCACUGGGAGACUUCAACAGAACCUGGCUGUGAGUCAGGGCAGUCUGGGACUUCCAAGCUCAUUACAUGCCACCAUGCUCUCAGUGACUCCUCGGUUUCUAGAGGAAUCUGGAAAAAGCCGUUCCACUUGUCAGCUUAUCCUGUGUGUCCUGCUGAGCCAACAGUGGUAGUAAGGUAUGGGUAGAAUUUGUCAAGCUGUCAAAAAAAUUAUUUCAGGAUGAAGCUGGUAGAACAGAUAAGACAAAGGCAAACACUAAUUGGCCAGAUGAAACAGAAUAUUAAAUGUGUGUACAAGGGCUGGAGAGAUGGCUCAGGGGUUAAGAGAACUGGCUGCUCUUCCAGAGGUCCUGAGUUCAAUCUAUAAAGGGAUACGAUUCUCUUGUCUGGCAGGGUGUACUUGCAGAGCAUUCCUAAACAUAAAUGAAAUGUAAAAAACGUGUACAAAAGCUAACUGAAAAGGUGGAAGGAACUCGAGUAUUCAAGAUAAGCCCUAUAUAUAGUGAGGUUCAAGGCAAGCUUUGUCUACCUGAAACUUAGUCUCAAAAAUGAAUGCUUAGUCUUCCAGGGGAUCAGAACCUUACAGAAAAAGCAGAAAUGCCUGGGGCAAUUUCCUGGUGCCUCACACAUGGAACCCAACUACUCAAUAAAUUUAACAGAAGAAUAACCUAGAGCAAGGCAUUCCUGUGUCAGAGAGGGCAAGGGCUCUUUGGAGCAACGUUGCAGUUAUCAGGUAUGUACUGCAUAAGUUUAGAAGCAUUUGAGGCUAGAAAAAUGUGAGAAACAAAGCUUUAAGCUAAAAAUUAAAUAAAAAGCAGCAGCUCUGCCUGUUCUAGAGGACUCAAGUUUCAUUUCAAGCACCCAAUGGCUCACAUCAGUCAUUAACUCUAGUUCCAGGGCAUCGGACACCCUUUUCUGGCCUCUGCAGUGAUCCAAGCCCACAUGUGAUAUGUAGAUAUAUAUAAUCAAAACACACACAUAUUUAAAAAAUAAAAAAUAACAUUAAAAGAGGGCAAGUGAGCUGUCCCAAAGGAAGCUGAAGAACCAGGAGUCCUUGGGAAGAUAGUAGAAAUCAGAAGUGGGAAUAGUGUUCAGGGACCAGGUCUUGCCAUGUUUACAGGCUAGGCUAGUCAGUGAUCGACACUAGCCCUCUUUGCGAAGGACACACAGAUUCGACAUAAUUUAUAGGACUAAACACACUUCCCUUUCUCAGCAAUUUUUUUUUUUCGGAGCUGGGGACCACUAAGCUAAAUCCCCAACCCCCUUUCUCAGCAAUUUAAUGAGACGUAGACCCUGUCUUGAGCAAAUACUCUGUAUGAUAUUCAGCUCAAGGCUCUGCAGACAUUUUGUUUUUGAAGGAAGCUAGCUGCCCAAAAAUGCCAACGAGCUGUAGUGAACAGAGUAGAUGAAAAAAAAUCUGGCUUAUUUUAAAUUAAAAAAAAAAAAAAAAAGAAUCUGGCUUAUUGAAUGACCUAAUAAAAGCCAUGGGAGCACCAUGACUUCUGUGAAAAUGCCUUUUCAACCACUGAGCUUGUGUUAGCAUCCUAACUAAUGAGUGGUGCAGAAUAGUGGGUCUGCUUAGCUAUACUAAAGCCAAGAAAACAAAGCAGGAAAUUCAUUCCAUGUCAUGAGAUUCAUACUCCCAGUCUUCCUCAGGCCUCAGGAGAAAAGUCUGGCUGUAAGGACACACCCCGUGGAUGCAGUAAAUUACACCUUAAUCCAUACACUUGGGGGGCAGGAGUGGGGCAGGAGUAUCUCUAAAUUCAAUUCUAGCCAGAUAAGACACACACACAUACCCACUCCUUUAGUUUUGGGUUUGUUUUGUUUUGUUUUAGUGGGGGUUGUUUUUUUUGAGAACAGGUUUUUCUAUGUAGCCCCGGAUGUUCUAGAAUUCCAUCUGUAGACCAGGCUGGCCUCAAACAGAGAACCACUUGCCUCCUGAGCGCUGGUAUUAAAGAUACGCAUCACUACCACCCAGCUGUGACCUUGUCCCAAGCCAAAGAAUGAAUGCAAGAACAAAUGAACGAACGAAUGAAUAAGUAAGAGUGCAACUCCAGCAGCCUGAGGCAGGAAAGCCUAAGAGUUUAACCUGAGACCCUACUUGGUUUGUCUUCUGCUUAUCUUCUCAUAUUGGACUCUAUACCAAAUACACUAUGCACUUACUCCUCUCCUAACACAUCAGAACCGCUUUCAAACUUUCAACUGCAACAGGCUACGCACAUUCCCACAGCUGAACAAACGUGGCUGCCUGUGACAAUAAAUCUAGAAAGUAUACCUCUUAAAGGUAUACCAUGUUUUAUAGGUAUGAAGGUAUAGAAGGACUGUCCUGGCCUUAACAGGUUCUGAGUAUGUAUGCAGUAAUGCAAACUGUCUUCUAAGUAACUUUUAGGGGAAAUUAAUAAACCAUCUUAUGCUUACUCAUGAUUGGGCACACAGAUGACUAAAAUGAGAUGUAAUUUGGGAAGUGACAUAUGCAAUAGAAAAUGUAAAACCUGGGUUCGGUCCCCAGCUCCGAAAAAAGAAAAAAAAAAAAGAAAAAAGAAAAUGUAAAACCUAUAAACAGGAAACACCAAGGCAGGCGUGGUGACACACACCUUUAAUUAGCACUCGGGAGGCAGAAAUGGGAUCAUCUCUGUUAGUUCAAAACCAACCUAGUUCCAGGACAGCAAGGACAUUAGAGACCUGCCUUGAAACAUUUUAAAACUUUUUAAAAAUAGAGGACCUCGGGGUUGGGGAUUUGGCUCAGUGGUAGAGCGCUUGCCUAGGAAGCGCAAGGCCCUGGGUUCAGUCCCCAGCUCCGAAAAAAAGAACCAAAAAAAAAAAAAAAAAAAAAAAUAGAGGACCUCAAACUCUGCUCAUUUGGUAACCCACCCUUCCUUUCUUUAGACACCUUGAGACCCUAGCCUUGGGUCCUUGAGUACCCAACUCACUCAGCCUGCAGUUAAUCUUUGAUAGUGUAUCCUUCCACAAUCUACACUACUGUUUUGCUCCAAACCUUGCUCCUAGUGCAAAUCCAUGUGAGGCCCUAGUUUCGAUUUUUUGGAUAAGAGGCCGGAACCCUGGAAACACCUGACACAGAUCCCAAACACCAGCAGCACAGUCCCAGCUGGUGUAUCUGACACAAACUGCCUUCCCUUCAGAACCAUCAAGUCUAAGCCCCAAAGAAGGGCAAGAGUGAAUUAACGUUUGUUAGAGGGCUGGCCGGAGAUAGCAUUUCCUGAAGUCAAGGCCAGCCUUGAACCAUUAUGCAUGCCAUUGAGCACGGUCUUGAACUCCUAACCCUCUAGCCUCUACCUUCCAAAUUCUAGAAUUACAGGCAUUUGCCACGCCAGCUUCAAGUAAAGCUUCUCAAAUCCUGUGAGACUGGCAACUGGGCAGGAAGGUGGGGGAAUGGAGAAGGGAACUAAACAAUGGACUCAAGGCCUCUUUAAAACCACUGAGGCCGGGUUGGGGAUUUAGCUCAGUGGUAGAGCACUUGCCUAGGAAGCGCAAGGCCCUGGGUUCGGUCCCCAGCUCCGAAAAAAAGAACCAAAAAAAAAAAAAAAAAAAAAAAAAAAAAAAGAGCUAACACUAGGGAGCAGGUCAAGCCCUGAGCAAAGAGAGUGUGUGGUGUGCCCCACAGCUUUCCUCAGACUUCUAAAGGCUCUAGCUCAUCUCCUUUGAAGACAGAAGCAAAGUUUGCUCUCCUACAAGCCUGCUCUUGUUUUUCUCAAGGCCUUCUCUAUCAGCCCUUCAAACCACAUUAAAAUAACACAGAGAAGCCCUAACCCACCCCUUAAUGCCAGCAAUCCCAACGUUAAAACGUAAUGCCAUUGUCCCACUGUCCCUGAAUUGUCCCUGAAUUGAGGCUCACAAAAACUGAGUAAUCUUUUUAGUUUUGUGGAAAACUUCUAACUCAAACCCCCCCUGUCUCAUCACAGCCGUCCACUCAACUGCUAUGCAUAUACUAUACAGCCUGAAAACAGACCAGCACUGGGGAAACACGUAGUUAACUUUACCUAGUACACCUUCCUCUCUCCAAUGUCCUGAGAAAGGACCACUUGAAAGGACAGAAAGCCAACCCCAGGGGAAAGCCUAUCAUUACUGCACACCACCAAUGGACACAUGGGACACCACAUGUCACAUUUUCUAGGUCCCUUUCCUAUGACCGUAUGACGGAGCAGACGUUUUCUCAGUCACCUCAUCCCACAGCAAAUCUGACAAAAACAGUGAAUGACACAUGGCCAAUGGGCCCACCAGGAUUUUAUACAGCUCAAUGACAGUGACACCAAAGUAGGGAAGGUACGUUGCUGAGGUGUUGCAGGCACAGCAUCAGCACUUGAGAUGGAGGCUGAUGAAUAAAGAAUUCAAGGCAAGGGGUUGGGGAUUUAGCUCAGUGGUAGAGCGCUUGCCUAGCAAACGCAAGGCCCUGGGUUCAGUCCCCAGCUCCGAAAAAAAGAAAAAGGAAAAAAAAAAAAAAAAGAA